AUGUGCCGGACAUGCAAAGAUGUGGCCCUCAGAACCGACAAGAAUCAGUGUGCUGAGUGCAAUCGAGGAUUCUUGCUGGCCGAUGACUCGACCUGUCAGCCGAUCACUUGUGAAACUGGUCCUGGCGCGCUUUGCAAGAAGUGUCAGACGGCAAGGGAUCAGUGCUUGGAGUGCAAUCCUGGCUACCAGCUGACCGCAGAUUUUCAAUGCAGCCAAACGAAGAGAACGGCAAGUGAGCAAUGCCAGGAAUGCAGGCCUGGAUACUCGCUGACUGUGGACCACUAUUGCGAGCCGUUCGUGUGUGACGAGGGACCCGGUAUGCUUUGCAAACGAUGCUUGGAUUUGGAUAUGCGGACCGCGGAUGAUCAGUGCGCUGAGUGCAACCGUGGGUAUGCUUUGACAGAAGACUUGUCCUGUGCAAGCUUCACAUGCAGCACGGGACCUGGUGCUGCCUGUAAAGUAUGCACCGAUGCUGCAAAAGCCACUGGCAACAACCAGUGCCUCGAGUGCAACGCUGGAUACGAGCUCCUUGCGGAUGGCACAUGCCGGCAGUACAGUUGCCAGGUCGGCAUCGGAAGCAUGUGCAAGGCCUGCAAACACCCCAAACAGCGCACGGGUCAUGGUCAAUGCACGGCGUGCAACAAUGGGUAUAAGCUGAAUGAGGAAGGCUUGUGCAUCCUUCCACGGUGCAGUUCUGGCGAAGAUUCCAGCUGCAAGGUAUGCGGGUGGCUCUUUGUGCAAGACAUGCAGACCUUUAUUGCAGAGAACGGCAAGAAGUGCAGAGCUCAAAGCGAGCGAACUGGAGACAACCAGUGUGAGGAGUGCAAUGCUGGCCAUGUGCUCAACCAGGACGACUUCUCCUGUUCCAAGUACUUGUGCAGCAUGGGUCAGGGGCCGGCAUGCAAAACUUGCAGACCCCCUGGCGAGUUGACGGCUGAUGACCAAUGUGCUACUUGCAAUCCUGGGUAUGGACUGACAGCAGACUUUCAAUGCCAGCCCCUUCAUUGCGAUGAGGGCGAUGGCACGAAAUGUGCAGUUUGCAGAGAUAGACUGGACAGAACGGAGCCUGGACAGUGUCUCGCGUGCAACCCGGGCCACGAGUUGACUGCAGACUUCAAGUGCAAGCCAUUGGAAUGUGAGGUAGGUAAUGCCCUUACAGAUUGCAAGGCAUGUGCACCAGUUUCUGACCGGAAGGUCCGCAAUCACUGCUCUGAGUGCAAUACAGGAUCCGGCUUGGCUGGGGCCAAGUGCCAACCCCUCACAUGCAAGACAGGAUUGGGUCCCGCCUGCGAGGUCUGUCAGGCAAAGGGAGACAGGACAGACUUCAACCAGUGCAAAUCUUGCAACGCCGGCUAUUUGCUGGACGGCCAGCAACGUUGUCAACCUUUCCAGUGUGCUGCGGGUGAAGCGGACAAGUGUAAGACGUGCAGGCCACAGGAGGCAAGGACCGCGGAUGAUGAGUGCGAAUCUUGCAAUCAGGGAUUCUAUCUCUCCAACUCUGACGGCAGCUGGAAAUGCAAGGCUUACACGUGUGCUACAGGCAAGGGCAAGGCCUGCAAGGUGUGCCAAGAGCAGAAGGACAGGACAGAUAACGAUCAGUGCUCGGCGUGCAACGCUGGCUAUGAGCUCUUAUCCAAUGGUAAAUGCAAGCCAUAUGCAUGCAAGACCGGACUUGGAAUGGGAUGCAAGGUGUGCCAGGCCAUGGUAAAGCGAACGGCAGCGAACCAGUGCCAGCAGUGCCAUGAAGGCUAUUUCUUGGGAGACGACUCCAAGUGUCAUCGUUGGAAUUGUGAGGUAGGUGAUGGCAGUGCUUGCAAAGCCUGCUUUGUGCAGGGGCUGCGCACGGCCCACAACCAGUGCGCACUCUGCAACGCUGGAUACUUCAGGAACCAUGCAGAUCUUAGCUGUCAGCCCUUCACGUGCGAGGUGGGAAAUGGCACAGCUUGCAGCAGCUGUCUCCCACAGGGCCAGCGCACUGCCCAUGGGCAAUGCUCAGCAUGCAAUCCAGGCUAUGACCUCACAGACAAAGCAACAUGCCGACCCUAUGAUUGCUCGACUGGCGAUGGCACCACAUGUGCUAGCUGCAAGGAACAGUCUGACAGGAACUCAGACGGAGACUGUGCUGAAUGCAACCCUGGUCAUUUCCUGACACCUGCUUUUCCUUGCCAAGCUUAUGAGUGUAACCUUUUCGCAGCAACAGGUUGCAAGAGCUGCCGCCCACCAGACGAGCGGACUGCUCACAACCAAUGUGCGGAAUGCAAGUUUGGGUUCGAGCUGACAGAUAACUUUAUGUGCAAACCUCCGGAUUGCAGUGAAGGGUCUGGUCCAGGCUGCAAAAAGUGUGAUUCAGAGGGGGCUGAAUGCACUGAGUGCAACAGUGGCUACUACUUGACGGACGAGAAGCUGUGCCAGCCAUACACAUGCAGCACUGGCCCUCCGCCACUUUGCAAGACUUGCAGAGAUGCUGAAAACACAACUGCAGACAACCAGUGCAAGGAUUGUUCUGCCGGGCAUCAUCUUAGCAAGACCUUCUCGUGCAUACCUUACUCCUGUGCCAAAGGAGUUGGCGACAUGUGCAAGACGUGCAAGCCAGUCCAAGAACGGAUGAAAGAUGACGAGUGUGCUUCUUGCAAUCCAGGGUAUGAACUCACAGAAGCUGGUAUCUGCAAGCCGUUUGCCUGUUCGACCGGGAAUGGGUCGACAUGCAAGACGUGCCAAGAUCAGAGCAAGAGGACAGGCCACUUCCAAUGCGCAUCUUGCAACGAUGGCUACGCAUUGCAAGAGGAUCUGACAUGCAAGCGUGUAACCUGUGAAGUUGGUGACGGGGAGGCUUGCAAGGAAUGCGAUGACAGCCACCGGUGCGCAUCAUGCAAUGAUGGUUUUCAGCUCACCCCAGAGCGCACUUGUGAAGCUAUUCCAUGCGAAACCGGUGAUGGUGCGACAUGUUCCGCUUGCAUGGAACAGGAAGAGAGGACCAAAGUGAAUCAUUGUGCCAGUUGCAAUUUCGGUCACCGAUUGUCUGAAGGCACUUGUAAGCCAUAUAUUUGCAAAGAGGGGUACGGCGAUGCCUGCCGGACCUGCGUGCCUUUACUGGACAGAACCGAUGACUUCCAGUGCAGUGCCUGCAACCCAGGCUAUGUGUUGACGGACGGAAAGUGCGUCGGGUUCACAUGCUUGCCCGGCGACGGUCCGGGUUGCAAGGCUUGCAAAGAGCAGAGCGCAAGGACCGCAGAUGAUCAGUGCGGGGAGUGUAACCCUGGCUUCGGACUGACGGAGGAUUUCGGCUGCAAGGCCUUCGCCUGCAGCACAGGUCCUGGCACGGGUUGCAAGGCUUGUCGUGCCUCUCAGGCUCGAAGCGCUGAUGGUCAAUGCCUGGAAUGUAAUCCCGGGUAUUUCCUCACUGAUGACUUUACCUGUGCCCCGUUCCACUGUGAUGAGGGCGGCGGCGCUGCUUGCAAGACAUGCCGUCCCCUUGAAGAGCGCACGAAGAACGGCCAGUGCGCAACUUGCAACCCGGGCUUCAGCCUUCGGGAUGAUGGCACUUGCAGGCUCUUCACCUGCCGUGCUGGGCCAGGAGACAUGUGCAAAGUUUGCAGGGCAGUCGAGACCAGAACAGCGAGAGACCAGUGCGACAGCUGCAACAGCGGUUACUUCCUGGAUGAUGUCGCGCACUGCCGGCCAUAUAAAUGCAAGGAGGGCACCGGCGAUUGCAGGCGAUGUCUGGCCCAGAGCCGGCGCGUGGCACAGGAUCAGUGCAAAAGGUGCAACCCCGGCUUUGAACUGACUGAGCAAAGAAGUUGCCGAGCAUAUGGGUGUCGGCUGGGAUCCGAAACAAACUGCGCGGAGUGCUUGGAGCAGCCGCUGCGAAGUGGCGCAGACCAGUGCAAGAAAUGCUUGCCUGGGUACAGGCUUACGCACGACAUGGUGUGCGUCAAGCAUACUUGCGCUGUUGGCGAGGGGGCAGCCUGCAAGACAUGUGCUGAGCUCGCAGACAGGACCUUCGGCAACCAGUGCAGUGCUUGCAAUCCUGGUUUUGCAUUGGUCGACGGCAAGUGCAAAGAGUUAACCUGUUCGAUUGGGAGCGGCUCGCGCUGUCAAACCUGCAGACCUGCAGACAAGCGAACAGCACAUGACCAAUGUGCCGAGUGCAACCCUGGGUAUGGCCUGGACGAGUCCGGGAGCUGCUUCGCAUACCAGUGCACGACUGGCAAGGAUGAGAAGUGCAAGACCUGCAAAAAGUUCGAGCUGCGUACCGGCCACAAUCAGUGUGCAGAAUGCAAUGAAGGGUUUGGGCGCACCCCAAGCUCGUCAUGCGCAGCAGAGGAGCUGAAAUGGCUUCCCCGCUUCAGCGCUGUGAUGUACACCAAAGAGGUUGUGAAGAAGGUUUUCCGCGAGCUUGAUUUGAACGGUGAUGGCAAAAUCACUGCAGACGAGUUUAGCAAGAAAGAGGUGGACACAACUAUUGCAGAAGCCCUUGGCAAGCUGGCAAUGGACCGUUUCUUCGAGUUUCAGAAGGACCGCAGUCCGGGUGAUACGGAUCUGGCGGCUAUUGACAAGGUCUUCGAGAGGUUGGAUGAAGAUCACAAUGAGCUGUUGACAUUGCCUGAGUUCAAUGCUGGAGCCAGAAAUCGUGAGGUCAAGGCAAGUGAUUUGUUUCAGUCAGUUGACGCAGAUGGCGACGGACGCGUCUCUCGCAGUGAGUUCCUGAAGGCUUCACAGGGACCAACAGAGCUGCGCUCCAUGAACCAAGCUUUCCGAAGGGCGGACUCUGACAAGGACGAUUUCGUGUCCCAAGCUGAAUUUUUGCAAGAUGCACGCGCGCACUAUCCGGGCUCUUCUGCCGAUGAGUGGCUUGCAAAGUUUGCCAAGCUCGACCGGGAUGCUGAUGGAAAGCUUUCCAGAAUAGAGUUUCAGUCUUCGGAGCAUCAUCAACAAGCGACGGCACAAACCUCCCUCCUUCAAACAGACAGCGCCGACGACAGCACGGCAGAGACGGAUCCAGAGCAAGGCAGUAACGGCUUUGGGCAUCACAACAACCUUCUGCAGGUUUUCGGUUCAGAUGGGAUUGGCCUGAGAGGACGACCUCAAAGAUUUGCACCUGCAUAA